AGUUAAUUAGCAGCACUAAAUCCAGCAAAUUCAGAGCGUAAUCGAGAGAAAAAGAGAGAGAUCGAGAUGGCAACAGUCGAGCAGCAGCAACAGCCACAACCGGAGGAGGCCUCAAAGGAAGCCAUGGCCACGGUGGCCGAGAACGCACCGAUCACAGCGGAGAGGAAGGUCCGCAAUGACUUGGAGACCAAACUCCCAAAGCCUUACUUGCCUCGAGCUAUGGUUGCACCUGAUAUGGAGAACAUCAAUGGCACCUGGGCUCAUAAACAUCAAAAUAUGUCUGUGCUUCAACAGCAUGCAGCUUUUUUUGACCAAGACAAUGAUGGUAUCAUCUUCCCUUCCGAGACAUUCAGAGGGUUUCGUCAACUUGGGUUUAAUGCAGUUGCUUCUUUUAUUUUCAUGGUUCUUGUUCAUGGAGCAAUGAGUUAUGCUACUCUGCCUACAUGGAUUCCUUCACCCUACUUCGCAAUUCACAUACGAAACAUACACAAGGCAAAGCAUGGAAGUGAUUCCGGCAUUUAUGAUACUGAAGGAAGGUAUAUCCCGGCAAACCUUGAGAUCAUGUUCAGCAAGUAUGCUCGCACGGUCCCUGAUAAGCUUAGUUUCAAGGAGCUGUGGCACAUGACUCAAGCUAACCGUGACGCCUUUGAUUUCUUUGGCUGGAUUGCAGCCAAACUCGAAUGGGGAGUUCUAUAUGUUCUGGCAAAAGAUGAACAAGGUUACUUGGCAAAGGAAGCCGUGAGGCGUUGUUUUGAUGGAAGCUUGUUCGAGUACUGUGCUAAGCUGCAAAAGGGUGCUGUGGGUAAGAUGAAAUGAUGCCAUCAUUUCGUCACGAAGUUUAGGAUUUUUGUUUGUAUUAGUUCAUUUCAGCUUUUUAGACUGAUAAGUGACAGUAGAAAAAGCUAUAAUAAUCCGACUUCAGGAGUUGGAUGAAUAACUCCUAAACCUAUCAGUUAAAGCCCCAUAUCUUUUCCUCUGGUUAAUGUUAUAUGUAUGAUUAAUGAACAAUUCUCAGGUUCACCCCUUGGGGUGAAGCAGCA